UGUUCUAUCAGCUUGGAAUACUGCGCACCAGAAGGAUCUACAACUCAUCAUGAUUUUUACGCAAUGGAUUAAUUUACCUGGAUAUUACCACUUAUAAAUUCUGCGAAGUAACCUGUCUGGUUUUUAGAUAUUCUGAUUAUCAACUACUUCAAAGAGUACUUUUUCCCCAACUAUUGUACACAUUUUUGCGCACUCUAUACACCAUGGCAAAUACUUGCUUACAGUUCACAGGCUUUGUGAUGAGUUUUCUUGGUUGGAUCGGGCUUAUCAUCGCCACUGCCACUAAUGAAUGGGUAGUCACUUGUAAAUAUAACAUGAACACCUGUAAGAAGAUGGAUGAACUUGAGGCCAAAGGUUUGUGGGCAGACUGUGUGAUCUCUACUGCGCUGUAUCACUGCAUCACACUCACCCAGAUUCUCGAGCUACCAGCGUACAUCCAGACAUCUCGAGCGUUAAUGGUCACAGCAUCGAUUCUGGGAUUGCCUGCUGUCGCGCUCGUGCUCAUGUCCAUGUCCUGUAUUAACCUCGGAAGUGAACCAGAAAGCGCCAAGAACAAACGAUCAGUGCUCGGAGGAACCAUAAUACUGCUGACUGCUUUUUGCGGCGUCGUCUCCACUGUGUGGUUUCCCAUCGGGGCCCAUCAUGAGAGGGGGUUGAUGUCCUUCGGCUUCUCGCUGUAUUCGGGGUGGGUGGGCACUGCACUUUGUUUGCUGGGAGGCUGUAUGAUCACCUGCUGUUCAGUGGACACCCCUGCUACAUACACUGACAACAAUCGGUUCUACUACUCCAAACAGGGCCCCGCUCAUUCCGGCCCCGCCUCCACUAACCACGCCAAAAGUGCCCAUGUUUAAGCUUCGAGAUUGCUGCUCAGAGCUGAUUUUCUACUCCGUUUUUGCUCUCUCUCUCUCUCUUUCUCUCUCUCUCUCUUUCCACUGCUUCUUGUUUCAAAAAUGCUAAAUCUACAGUGGUGGUUCUUUGGAUAGUUAUCGUACAGCUAAACUCUGACCUUUUGAUAUUUCAGCAGGGUUAGUCUCCCAAAUGUUACAUAAGAAAGAACAGUUACUGGUGAAGGAACUGCAAUGAAUGAUUCAGUGUUUAAAGGGUCUUCUACUGAUUCUGCUCAGUACAAUGUGCCAUUCUAAGUCCUAUUUUUGUAGUAAGAAACUCGUUUUUGCAUUUUUAUAUGAAUACUAACAGUAUUGCCAGUGUUGUUUUUAUUCUAAAUCUUUAAGUGUAUUUCGGUCUGUUUGUACAGCUAUAUAUUUGUUUUGAAAAAAUUUCAGAAUAGCCGUCCAAAUGAAACUAUACCAAAAUUGGACCAAAGCAGUAAUUAUUUAGCAAUAUUAUUUAUUGUAAUACUGGUAUGCAGUUUUUAUUAAGUUUGUUGUAAUAAACAAUGUUGUCCAUGUGAAAA